CUACUUCUGUAUGUGUGUGAGGAAUGAGUUUCUCUGUGUGCGUGUUGUGUUUGCGUACUGAUGUUUAAGGUCAUUUUUCACCCUGUACACAGAGGAUAUAAUAAUAAUCCACCACCAUGAGCCGGACCACCUUUUUUGAGGUGAGGGUCCUGGAUGCCAAGACCAAAGAGCAGCUUUGUUUUUUAGAUAAGGUGGAUCCCCAUUCAACAAUAGGAGACAUCAAGAGCCUCUUUCACAAAUCAUAUCCUCACUGGUAUCCAGCAAGACAGGCCCUGAUGCUUGAUGCCAAGGAAAAAUCACUCAGAGACGAGGAAGUCUUGCAGAAUCUACCUGUUGGGACUACUGCCACGAUGUACUUCAGAGAUCUUGGUCCACAGUUAGGUUGGACCAUGGUGUUUCUUACAGAGUGCAUCGGGCCACUUCUCACCUACCUCCUCUUCUAUUUUCGAGUCCCGUGCAUUUACUCAUACAAGUAUGCCUUUACCUCCAGUCCUCAUCCUGUUGUCAGACUAGCCUUUGCCUGUCACACCUUCCACUAUAUGAAGAGGUUGAUAGAGACUAUCUUUGUGCAUCGUUUCUCCCAUGGGACCAUGCCUCUCAGGACAAUAGUCAGGAAUUGUGUCUAUUACUGGGGUUUCUCAGCUUGGUUGGCCUACUAUAUCAACCACCCUCUUUACACACCGCCAUCAUAUGGAGAACUACAAGUCAACUAUGCAUUAGUCAUAUUUGUGAUGUGUGAGCUGGGAAACUUCUCCAUUCACUUGACUCUUAAUAAUCUCAGAGGAGAGGGAUCCAGGGGCAGGCGGUUUCCUGAGCCAACAAAGAACCCCUUCACAUGGCUAUUUUUCUUUGUAUCCUGUCCAAAUUAUACGUAUGAGGUUGGAGCUUGGGUGGGCUUUUCCAUUAUGACCCAGUGUCUGCCAGUGGCGCUUUACACAUUACUGGGGUUCAUUCAGAUGACCAUCUGGGCCAAAGGGAAGCACAGAGCCUACAGCAGAGAGUUCAAGGACUAUCCCAGCCUCCGGAUGGCCAUUAUCCCCCUGAUUCUCUGAUAGAGAUCAAAAAAAGGAACUAUUGUAGCAUAUACCGCGUGUAUAGUCACUCGCCACAAGUGUUUUUCACUAAAACAAAGAAGUUUGCUGCUGCUGAGGCCAGCAUUAUGCAAGUUUUUUAUAUCUAUAAACUGAGGACUAGGAGUGGAAAUGGGAGUGAUAAUAGUGUAGCAAUAUACUGGAGUAUUUAAACAUAGCUGGGGUCAUUUGUUUAUUUGAAACAAUGGGUUUUAGUUUCUUCGUGGGAGUUUGAUUUGGCAUUGUGAUUUGAAGUUAAUGAUAUUAGAUAUGUAUAUACUGUAUCUUCAAUGCUGCCAUAGACUAUUUUGUGUUAACAUUGGUUACACCAUGUUGUUUUAUAUUUGGCUUUUUCAGGACGUGACUUAAGGUUGAAAAUGGCACCUCAGCAUUUUAGCAACUCUUAUUCAAACAAGUGAAUAGUUCUCAUUGCAAGUUGACUUAUUCAUCUACAGGUUGUGCCACUUCUUUUCAAUUAUGAAUGCUUACAGCACUGAUAAACUUUUCAGGCUAAGUGAAAGAAAUAAAACAUACUCUAGGUCAUAAUGAAGUGCCUGUCCAAGCAAUCUAACAGAUUAGAAUUUAAAAUUCAUGGCAUCCAAUUGAAAGUGCAACAUCACUUUUAAGCUCUCAGGAGGUAAACUGAUAAAGCAGACAUUUAAUUAUGCAAAUAUUAAGCCACCAUACAUCUCAGAUUGUGUUCUUCAGAGAAAAGGAAACUAUACUGUAGAAGUGUAACUUCUGUCAUUAAUGUGUAGAGGGCUUAUCAAAUAAUCUGUGAUAAUUGCUGUUGUUCUUCAGCCCUUACUGUCUAAUCUCAGGUUUUAUUAAACUGUCAAAAACUGUUUUGUACAAAUGUGAAUGUGAGUAAUCUCAAGCAAUUUUCCUGUAAAAGAAAUCAAACAGAAAAUCUUAAGAAAAAAGGCCCACAUCGUCCGGAAAAAUGUUACUUUAUUUGACGUGAUGCCCCUCUCAGAAACAUCACUUUUGUGCAAUGACACCAGGUGUUGGUGGAAUGCAGAUCAAAGUUGAACAUAUAUAUAAUAAAGGGCAUUGACUGAAAAGACAUUGGCAAGAAAAUAUCACACAAUAUCAAAAUGAUUGCAU